UCAUAGUGUUUCCCCCCAUAUCUGUUAGGAAAGAUGGAUUCAGCAGAAAGAUGAGUGAUAUUGCAUUUUGACUUCUGUUCCUUAACUCUUUGUUUGAAAAUUUGACAGGAAACAUAAGGUGAAAGGGUUAUGAUUAUUAAACUUUAUAAGUUCCCACUAAAAACUUAUAAGAUAACUUAUUAAAAAUGUUUAGUAAAAUUAAUUAUUGAAGUACUAGUAAAUCUAAGGUAACAUGAGAUAUAUGAUGAAUUUUUGGUGUAUUCUAUUUUUGUUGUAUAGACAAACAUGUUAGGUUAUUAUCAUUUUAGAUUAGCCCAAUGGCGUCAUAUUAUUCAUUUAGCAUGUCUUAACUAUAGAGUAGGAUAAAGUUUUGGCUGUUGGUUUUUAUGAUAAAAUAUUUUUUUAAAAGUUAAUAGUGUAAUUAAUACCCAAGAGUUAGUAAAAAGAGAAUAUGUAAUAAUUAAAACAAUAACUAAAAAACUAGUUACAUGUGAACAAUUAAGAGACCUAGGGUAAACAGUAAGUAUAUUAAAAUAUAAAGGAUAUAAGUUGAAGGAAAAAAUAGCUAUAGGCUUAUGUAAUUUAUAUGCUAUUUGAAGUAGUUUAGGGCAGCUAUAAGCUCUUGUAGAAAACUUGUUUACCAAAUACCUUAAUUUGGUCCAUGAAAGUUUAUAAGGUUACAAGUUAGACUGGAAGAAUCAACAUGAAUAAAGAUUUAUUCAUGAGUUGCACUGUCUUCCAAUAUGAAUUGCCUCAUGAUUUCUAAUUGGUUCCCAAUGUAAAAUCCUUAUAGUAAGGAUGUAUUUAAGUUACGCUGUUAUGAUAAUAUAUAUUUUUCUAAUUCUACUGCAAGUGUUUUGAUUGAUCAAGUUCUAACUAAUUUACGUAGGGCAGGUUAUGUGGACAUUUACCCCUGGAUAUGGUUUCACUUUCUGUACAUUUUCAUUUUCAUCUACAGAAAAACCCAAAAAACCCCUUUGAAAAACCAUUUCAUUUUCAUCUACAGAAAAACCCAAAAAUCCCUUUCAUUUUCAUUCCUAUUUACUAGAUUGAUAACGAAACUAUUUUCUCAAGGAUUUUAUAAAAAUCCUAUUGGUUUCCGGGUAUUGAAACGAAACCAUUUCUACCCUAUCAAUGUCAAUACCUAACUUUUCGACUUCACUGCGAAUAUAGCGAGUGAUGAUAUCAUAGAAAUCUUCCUUAUUAGCAAGAAUCUGAGAUAAGGUGAAUUUUCUCCCCGAACGAUGCCCCUACUUACCGCUGUCAAUAAUCCGACUCUAUCUAUCUGUUCAUGUAAGUUGAUUAGGGUUUUCAGUGGUGGUCGAGCGAGAGGGCGUACUUCAAAUUCUAGCGUAUAAAAGCUGCUGAAGGUAGUUGCUAACAACCCACCUAGUUUUAUGGCUGAAGAAAUUUUAGCAAAAGUUGGAAUUUUUGACCGAAGUAAUCGAAACCAAGACAUGACAAUGAAGAAAGUAACUAUGUUGAGAAGGAGAAGGAGAAUUUUGUUAGAACUGCCUUUUUUUUUCCUUAAUUUCUCAUGGAAAACAUUUAUUUGCAAACCUAACUGCAUCCUAGUAGGCCAAAUAGAGGUUUUUGUUUCAAGUCAACCAAAUCCAAUUUGGAAAACCUAACAAAACUUAAUGAAUGGUCUAGUUGUUGGUGCAUCCCAAAUGUUAAGUGGAAGGUUUAUAUAUAUGAUUCAAAUAAUGUUCAUACAGAAACAUGUUUCUAUAUUCAAUGAAAGGUUUCCUAAUAGGAAAUGCAUUUCGUUUUAAAUUUGUUUCACAAAGUAAUAAAUGUGUACAGAGAGUCCUCAAAAACAAUGAAAGAGUACAGAUGCCGUAGGUGCUAUCACCUAAUGUUUUUAUUUUACUUCAACAUACUUGAGGAGUUGCCUUGGUUUUUAUUUCAUUGUAUUGAUGCUUAAAUGAAGCAAUGAUGUGUUAUGCUCUGUCAUUCCUAAUUGCACUUUUUGUGUUUCAUGUCAUUUUUUGUUAAUUGCUGUAUUUUACUUUAUCAUAACUUCAAUUCUGGUGUUAUUUAGUGCACUUAAACAGACAUCAUUCAUGUCUUUUUUAAGUGUUUUCUUCUGAAUUUGCUAAAUCGAAAUUUAUUGAUAAAAAAGCUAUCCACGGUGGAAUUGGUUUUUACGACUUAAGUCUCUUUUGUGAUACAGUGACAGUAAAUCUUUCUAUUCUAUGCUUUAUUUCAAAAUGCUUUUGUGCUUAGAAAUCCAGAAACCUGUUAACUUUUUCCAUUGAAUCUGGCGUUUCAAUGUAUGUUGGAUACUUCAUCUUUCUAGUCCUCACAAAUGCCUUGCAGCUUGAAUCAUGUUUGAUGCCCUUUCCAACUCAGAAAUAAAGCUGCAGAUAUUCAUUUUGGGCUUUGGGAACAUUGGAAUGGAUUUAGCAAAUCGUUUGCAGCCAUUUGGUGUACAAGUUAUGGCUACAAAGCGUAGCUGGGCUUCAUACGCACAAGACGCUAUCAAAUUAAGCAGAAAUGAUGAACGUGAUCUUGUUGAUGUGAAGGGUAGUCAUGAAGAUAUAUAUGACUUUGCUAGGAAGGCUGACAUUGUUGUUUGCUGCCUAAGAUUAAACAAUGAAAUGGGUGCGCUUCUUGUAAAUAUUGCUAGAGGUGGUAUUGUGGACUAUGAGGCUGUGAUGAACAACCUUGAAUCAGGUCACUUAGGAGGGUUAGGCACUGAUGUUGCUUGGACUGAGCCCUUUAACCCUGAUGACCAGAUAUUUAAAUUUAAGAAUGUUAUCAUCACUCCUCAUUUUCCAGGAGUCACAGAACAUUUUUAUAGAUCUAUGGCUAAGGUGUGUGGGGCCACAAGUCUCUAGGACAUUCAAGUUUUAUACUGUGAAUCUUGUUAGUUAAGGAUUAGAUAUCCCGUCCUAAAAAAUUUGAAACACGAUUGAACUUUUUUUUCUA